AUGAAACCAUUUAUCAAUAAAUCAAAAACUAUAAACAACUACUCUUUAAUUAGAUUAGAAAACUCGAUUGGUGUCUAUGAUGCACCCAAAGAACCCUAUCCAAUCAUUUAUGACUCGUAUGGAAAAGAUGUAAAUAACGACUCUAUAAACCAAUAUAGAAAGAUAUUGCUUACAAAUUUAGAUUGGGAUGGUAGCUUUCCACCACUAAAUCCAACCGAUGAAUGGUAUCCAAAAACCAAAGUUUGUUUCGAAGUUACCCCAAAGACGAUUCAUAAAUACUAUGAUGUAUUUGAUCAAAAUAUAGUUUAUCAAGUAAAUGCCAAUAGCGAUAUUACACAAGAUUCCAAACAAGAUUUUAUGAACCAACUCAUUCAUUUAGGUGCAAAAAGAAUUAUAUAUUCAGAUACACAUAAAACCUACAAUAUAUCAGCACUAUUGAACAACAAUACAUUAAAAUAUAUAGUCAUUAAAAGACCAAUAGAGCCAAAAGAUUUAGCAGAACUAAACAAUGAUAUAACAGUCUUGAAAUCAAUAGAUUUUAUUAUGGAUUUGGGUAAAGUUAUAACACUCAGAGCACAGUCAUCCGAGAACUGGAGUCAAAUGGUGGAGAAAUUAUCGAAUAACAAAACCAUUAAGGAAUUUAAACUUCUUCUAGCAGGAAAAAGCCAAAUUAAAAAAAGGGACCCUAUUAGUCGUGGAUUUAAAAAAAUUUUAACAAGUCCAACAUGCCCAAUCAAAACACUAUGCCUUGAAGGUUUCGGGUUUGUCGAUGGUAUAUUUCUAGAUGCAUUAUCUCAAAACAAAACAAUCUCAACCUUAUCACUUAUAAACACAAAAAAUAUUGAUCAAAUAAUUACACAAGUUUUACCAAUAAAUAAAAGAAUCAGAAACCUUACCCUUUCAAGUCAUAAUGCUAAAAUCAGUAAUAUCGAUAUUUUAAAACUUAUUCAGAUAAAACAAAAAGAUAUAGACUUAUACUCCCUAACAUUACAUUCAAUCGAAAAUGGCGAAUACAAUAAUAUAAUAAACUAUUUAUCAUCAAAUCAAUUACCAAUAAAAGAAAUUAAUAUUCAAAGAGGCUUUUUCAAUGCUGAUGCUGAUGGUCCAGAGGUAGAGGCUGAUGCUGAUGGUGCAGAGGCAGAUACUGGUGCAGAUGAUGCUGAUACUGAUGCUGAUGCAAAUGGUGCUGAUGCCGAUGGUGCUGAUGCAGAUGGUUCUGAUGCUGGUGGUUCUGAUGCUAAUGAUACAGAUUCUGAUGCAGAUGGUGCUGAUACAGAUGAAGCAGGUGCAUAUGAUGCUGAUACAGAUGCAGAUGGUGCAGAGGCAGAUGCUUAUGGUGCAGAGGCAGAUGCUUAUGGUGCAGAGGCAGAUGCAGAUGGUGCAGAGGCAGAGGCAGAUGCUGAUGGGGUUAAUUGUACAGUUAAAUCAUUGUUGAUUGGUUGUCCAGUAUCAAAUUAA